UCAUACCAGUUAUAGUCCAUGUUUAGUGAAAGCGAUUGUUUCUUAUCUUAAAAAUAACAAAUGAAGACUUAUUUUCAUGGCUGUACUAUUUUGAGUGAUAUAAGUAGUUAGUGAUUUGCUCUUAAUAUCUAAAACGUAGUUGUUAAAUUAAUUUGAUGGUUUUUAAACUAUGAAAUAUCAAAGGACGUAGGCAGGAUAAUUUUAUUGUUAAUAAAAUUGUGACUGGCCUGAUCUACUCUCAGUUAUAUCGAGCACAAUAUACAGGUUAAACUUGUAUUUAAAUGUUAAAUGAGUAUCUUUAUAAUAAAAAAAAAUAUCAAGGGACAUAAUAACUGCCUGGACUUUUUGCUCAAGACACCGCAGCGCAGCGCAGUGUCAUUUAUUUUGCAAAUGCUAGUGGUAGAUAUUUACGUGAUGACAAUUACGUGGUUUAGUUAAGAAACUGUAGUUUUUGUCGCGUGUAUUAUUUUUAUCGUAGUGCCGUUUACAUGUAUAAUAAAUAACCUAGUUGUAUUUUAUUAAUGUUGCGAAUAGGCAGUUAAUGUUAAACUUUAAAACUGCCAAUCUACGACUCAAAUAACAUUACUUGCUAUCUUGCUAUUAAACUCCUGCUAAUAGAAUCCUGCCCGAAUUUUAAGUCAUGUUUUUGCAUUUUUUCGAGAAAAAAAUGAUUCUGCUGCACAACCGAGGUUUGACUGCCACACAAAUAUGAAAGGUUAAAAAAAAAAAUAUUAUUUCGAAAAGCUCUAUCAUGUCAUCUCUUUGGGAUCCAACAUCAGAAUCGAUGAUAAUUUAUGUAGAUAACUUCAUCAAAGAGGACUGAAGUGUAACCAUGUUGUAAAGUAUUUCUUUCAUUGGACUAUUCUCAAGAAAAACUUCAACAAUCAGGAUAGAAGUGAAUUAAUGUUGUGGUCUCAAUAAAAUUUCUCUUCAAACAACCUCAGCAAGUACUGCAACAAAGAUAACUCUGCAAGUUGUGAACCUCACAAAUUCUUUCUUCGGGGAAUUCUCAGAAAUAAUUUUAUCAGAGAAUUCAAGAGAAUUAGUUACAACUAUGUGGUGAAACUGACAAAUUUUUUCUUCGGGCGAUUUAAAAAUAUAAGGUUGAGAGAAAAAUUAUCAAACCUUUCUGUGCUAGCAGCCCUAGCAAACACUUCUUGCCGAGUCGUGUGGUAAAUGUGUGGAACUCUACCAGAAAAUGUUGUUAGUGAACCGUCAGUGAACUCCUUCAAAAACAGACCAGACAUAUUUUAGAACUUUAAGAAGUGCAAAAGAAACAAGUGUUGUAAUAACCACGCAUCAGCUCCUAGAGCUGCUGGUGUAUAAAUAAUAAAAUAUAAUCAACAACAAGAACUUCAACAUGAAGUGUAUUGUGACGUGUCUCCUGGUGCUGGUGCUGGGGUUGGUGAAGGGAGACAUCCUGAACAACAUCGGGUCUCUCCUGCCGCCCUUCCUAACGGAGAAUUUUGAGGAGCUGGUGAAGACUGCUGAUGCUACGUGUAAAGUCCUGCCAGUGGACGUGUUGUUCCACCGCCCCUUCACCUUCGAGGCUCCCCUCAUCGACUUCGUGGAGUUCACUAAGGACUCCAACAGAACUUACCGCGUCUCCGAAGCCCCCAGGAUCUUCAUGAGGCAACGGCCCACCUCCUUAGUCUUAUAUGUCCCUGGUUGGUGGAACACUCCUACCGAUGAAUCGAGUAAUACUUUAGUUAAUGCUUUGUUGAAAAAGAUACCUAUGGUCUUGGUUUUAGAUACUAGAUUAUCAUUCUGUAGAGGUUAUGUAGAUUCAGCGUCAAGAGUACAACCUUUAGCUCGACUUUUGUACUCGUUUCUGAAGAGUAUCAACAAAAAAGGGUAUAAACUAGAGAAUGUACAUUUGAUAGGCUUCAGUUUAGGUGCUCACGUAGCAGGCAUAACAGGAAAGCUAGUACAACAAGGAAUACAUAAAAACUUAAGUAGAAUAACAGCUUUAGAUCCAGCCAAGCCGUGUAUAACAAGAGACUUUAAACUAGCUAAAAGCGAUGCUAAAUUUGUUCAAGUUUUUCAUACGAGUGCUGGAGUUCUAGGUCUCGAGGACCCUGUGGGGGAUCUAGAUGUUUAUGUCAACGGGGUGGAUGUGAAGCAGCCUGAAUGUCAGAAUAGGAAGAUUAGUUUAGAAUGUGAUCAUGCGCAGGCUUGGAAGCUCUUCGCAGCGUCUGUGGUUAACGAGAAAUCAUUUAAAGGGCAGAGGUGUGCUGAUUGGGAAGACUUGAUGAAAGGAGAGUGUAAAGGGAGCGAGAAACUGAUAGGGUACGGGUGUAGUAGUAGGACUAAGGGGAUGUUUUUGUAUAAAACGGAAGAGCAUGUGGCUCAGAAAAGGGAGGAUGUGGCGAAAGAGGUGAGGGUGUUCAAUCCUGUGGAGAUAUUGACUUCUUGGUUGGGGCGAUGAUAGUUAAGUUUAAGUUAGCUUUUAGUUUAGUUUAGUAUUGUCUGUGAUAUUUAUUUAAAUAAAGAUCGAUGUAUUGUUAAUUUA